AUGGUUGUGUUUGCAGGGUGUUUAACAGAGCAAGUAGGUUAAAGUAUACAAAUUUUUUGAAAUAAGGCAUAUCAGAACUAAUUUGAUUUAAACAGGGCAUAUUAGAAUUAAAGUCAACCGCAGCAAAGCUUCCUGGCAUUUUACAUACCAUCAAAGUCGACGUAACGGCUGACGAUAGUGUAAACGAAGCUAAAGCUACAGUAACAAAACUGCUAAAUAAAAAUGGACUAGAUGGCAUUGUAAACAAUGCUGGAGUGGCCGCAUGUGCGUACGAUGACUGGAUCACAGUAAAAGACUAUAAAAACAUACUUGAGGUUAACUUAUUUGGGGUCAUUCGUGUCACACAUGCUUUUAAAGAUCUGGUCAAGAAGAAUAGGUUUGUUUUUUAGUCUAGCUAUGUAAGUAAAUAUUAAAAUUUAUAAAUAAAUUUUACUUUUAGGUAGUAAAGCAUUAAACUAAUUGCCAUACUUUCACUUUACUGUAUAACUAUUAAAAUUUUAGAGGACGAAUUGUCAACGUAAGUAGUGUCCUUAGCAUGGUAUCGCUUGGAUCUUUGGCCCAAUAUGCUGUAUCGAAAUUUGGCGUAAAAGCGUUUUCGGACGCUAUACGGUAAGGUAUAAUUUUCUGCACAUUUUAUAUCAUGUUAUAUAACAUUUUAUAUCACGUUAUAUAACAUUACAGUAUAACUAGAUGGCUUUAGGUAAAUUGCAAGAAACCGUAUUGCGCAACCUUUUCUUGUGUAAUAUUAUUAACUUUUGUAAUAUUUGCCUCGGUGUAAAACGACCCAAACAAUUACCGCGAGUAUGACCGUUGUCUUAUGAUAUAACUGUUUAAAAUUAUAACACCGUAUGUAAAAAAAUGGACUUUAUUUCCAAAGUUUUUAAAAUUAUAACACAUGCCACCGUACCUUUUAGUACCGAGUACAAACAAUUUGGCGUAACCGUAUCAACACUUGAGCCAGGAUUCUUCCGAACCCAAUUAGCAGCUCCAGAACCAAAUGCCAAAAGACUGCAACGCGUAUGGGACAACUUGCCUCAAGAUAUUAAGGAUGAAUAUGGAGAAGGGUAUUAUCAGAAAGGUAUUAAAAAACAUUGUUUUUACUAUAAAAUAAAUUACAAUUUAAAAAUGCUUUCUUUUUCAGUGUCAAGAACAGCCUACGAGUUUCUGGACAGUGUCGGUUCAACAGAUACUUACAAAGUAGUUGAUGCUUAUUUCCAUGCUUUGACCAGUAAAUACCCUAAAGCAAAAUAUCACGUUGGCCACGAUUACUACUUGUUCUUCUUUUUGUCUUUGCUGCCAGCUGUUGUUAGGGAUUAUAUUAUCUACUUUGGUAUGUGGAUCAAAAACGUUCCUAAGCCUAACAGUAUGAAGUAAACGGUUUUGUGGUACAUAUUUUUACUGUAUGAAACAUGCUAUGAUGUAUAUUAUUUUUGGCAAUACAAAAGCUUUGUAACUUCACAAAAUUAAGAUUAUUUUACUGUUUUUAUAAAUUACAUUGCUGUUGAGGUACAUAUAUACUCAUGAAUGACAUUAUUAACAUGAUAUGUAAAAGCUAAAUAAUAAACGUCCUUGUAAUUUCAUAAUACGCUUUUCGAUAUAUUUGUUGUUGUCAAUAAGUUAUGUCAUCAUAACCAGCAACUUCAGAUUAUAAUGUAUACAAAAUUUAAUUCAAUUUUAACAAAACACAUUAUACCCAAUUAUAAAGCCCGCUUCAUAUAUAAUAAAAAUAUAUAAUUUUUUUGAUUGAUGAUACGUUGUAUCAUAUACUUCUUAAAUUUUUGUUUAAGUUUUUAACAAAGAAACCUUUCUCUUAAACUUAAUGCUAAUUAAAAGCUAAUUUUUCACCUAAAAAUUAAUAUAUUUUUAAAAAAUCAUUAACACUACUAAAAACUUUACUAUGAUGACACUACACAUCAAACUAAUAUUUUUUGUAAUAUUUUCUAAUUUGCCAGCUACACACAGCAAAGACUUUGAUGAACUUGAAAAAGAGGUCUACAGGCAUCAUCGUGACGUCGUCAAUAGUUUUGUUAAGAAAUUUGAACAAGAUAAAACAAUGGAUGAUGUUAAUGAACCUAAAAAUUGGAAUGAUGAUGAAGUAGAAGAUGAAAUCUUUAAUUCAAAUUUAUGGAAAGAUGAUGACGACUUUUUUAAUUCUACUUUAUUGAAAGACAACGAUAAACCAGCAACGAAUAAAGAAGAUCAUAAGGAUAAAUCAAAGGAUUUCAAAAAACAUCAAAAUGACGAUAAGCCAAAACACAAGGACGAAACAGACUAUAAAAAUACAUAUAAGGAUCCAGAUGAAUCACAAAACGAUGAAAAUGACCCGUCAGAUAAGCAGUUAUACACCGAAGAAGAACUUCACGAUUACUAUGAUGAAGCAACAGAUACUGUGCUUCCGAAUAAUAAAUCGAAAACCAUAAAUUUAAAAAAGGAAAUGAAGGAUAAAGAAAAAGAAGUAGCCAACGACAAAGGAAAGCACACAAAAAAUGACAGUACAAAAGGAAAGGCAGGCCAGACGAAGGAUUACUUAAACCAACUUAAAAAAGGCCUAAAACAAAAAGAAUUAAAAUAUUAUUCUGAAUUUGAAAAGUUUGUUGAAACGUAAGUUUUUUUUAAGCUUAGUUUAACAACCAUCCCAAUCUUAGACUAAAGACAACUUUUAGAUACAAAAAACACUACCAAUCGUUGCAAGAAGUACAAAAAAAGUUCAAAGUCUUUGCCAAAAACGUACAGCAGAUUAAAAUUGAUCAAAAGAAUCAUCCCGAAGUCGAGUACGAAGUCAACGAGUACACCGACUUAACAGAAGACGAAUUUGAACAUCUUUAUCAUAACAAUACCAAAACGCCAACAGAAGUUACUAAUGUUUGGAACGGAAUUCAAGGCAUUCGUGAGUCUAAAUUUUAAUAACUUUUACUUUGGAUAUGACAAUUUAGACAUGAUUUUUUGUGGCUUGAGUAUUUCUAACUUAAGGAUGAAGAAGGGCUAAGACAUAGCUAAGAUAGAGCUGACAUUUUGAGCUAGAGUAGAACUAGAUAGAACAUAAGUAAGGAUAAUAUUGAUCAUCGCAGAAUUACCAGAAGCUGUAAAAAUGCGUUUUUAAAAUUUUUCUUUUUUAUACUUCAGAGAACCAGCUUAAACUAGACAUGGACAAAGUACCAGACGAAUGGGACUGGCGAAAACACAAUGGAGUAUCACCAGUACGCGAUCAAGGCCCAUGUGGUAGUUGUUGGGCAUUCACGGCCGUUGCUAUGGUCGAAAGUUAUUACUUGAUCAAAAAGAAUAAGACCCUAAACUUGAGUGUAGAACAAGUGCUUGAUUGUACCUACGGCAACAAGACGUAUUUUGGCUGGGGAUGCAAAGGAGGCAACUUGGUUGGUGCUAUGGCGUAUAUCAGAGAUAAUGGACUGACGACUGAAAAAGAACUGCCGUAUACGUUGACAAGAUACGCCAAGAGUAUACCUGAAUGUAAAAAGAAAAAAGUAGUGGCUACGAUUAAAAGUAGAAGAUGUUUGCACAAUGUACCUGAAGAUCAGUUAACUGGAUUGGUCUUUCAUAAUGGGCCGGUUGGAGUGUGUAAGUCGCAAAUUUUUUUUGAAAUUUAAUAAGUUGAUUUCAAUUUAAAAAUUAAUUUUUUUUAUAAACACUGUUUCACACAAGAAGAGUAAAAAUGUAAUGAUUUAUCAUUAAAAGCUAAGCUUUUAGCAAUCGAUGCCAGACAUUUGAAGCACCUCUCCAAAGACUACAUUAACAAUCCGACGGCUCCUGAAGGUGGUUGGAAAACAAAUCAUCGUGUUUUACUAGUAGGCUACGGUAUUCAAAGAGACACGAGAACACCAUAUUGGAUCGUCAAAAACACUUGGGGUACAAAUUGGGGAGACGCUGGGUUCUUCUAUCUUUUACGUGGCAACAACUCGAUGGAUGUCGCUAGCGAAGUGGUUUACAUUGAAAAAUAA